AUGUGGUUCGUCCUCUUCAAAAUCUUCCGCUUCGGCUACUCCGAGACCAAAAAAUACAAAGCCAAAAAGGCCCAACAGCAACAACAAGCUGGAACACAGUUCCAACAACCGCCAUUCCCAAACGCCUACUUCCAAAACCCUCACCCUACCGACCUAUCCCGCGGCCCCGUCCCCGGUGGACCAGAAAGCUACACAAUGGAUCCCCUCCCAAUCCAGACCCCUCCCCCCUCAGCUCCUCUCAGCAAGCGCGCCAAAGCCAAAGACCUCCUCUCUCUCAUACUCGCCAUGGCGCAGUUUGCCUUUGGCCUCGCCGUCAUCGGCCUCUACAGUCAGGACAUCACCGCAGCCCGCAACAAGGGCGACUCUGCGCCCUCGCGCUGGGUCUAUGCCGUCGUCGUCGGUUUCCUCUCUACCUCGUCUGCGCUCGUUUACCUGGUUCUCGGGUGGUGGUGGCAGAAGCGGUCGAAGCCGGCUCUUGCUGUCCGUGAGAACCUCUUCCUUCCGCUGUUUGCGUGGGAGACUGUCCUGGUGAUUCUGUGGCUGGUUGUCUUUGGGAUCUUCGGCGAGAUGUAUAUUGGUGUUUAUCAUGUUGGAGGAAAUGAUGGUGGGGAGGCCAAGGUGACGAGGAUGCGCAGGGCCGUUUGGGUGGUCUUGACGUGCUUGGUUAUGUGGGCUGGGUCCGCAGGUUGGAAAGGGUUGAGGUGGUGGAAGGCUAAGGGGAGGAAGGAAUCGGGUGAGGGGGAUGGGAUGUCGAGUGAGAAGGAGAUGGUUUGA